CGGAACGAACUGGCUCCGUGAAAACGAGCGGACGCGAGCGCUCGGCUCCCACGCCCGCUGCCCGUCACCGCCCGCUCGUCUCCCACGCAGCUCGCAGGAGAAAUUUGGAAGACAGUGUGCACGCCUCGGAAGAUGGAUAAGAAGCAGCAACUUUUCAUUUACACAGCUGCUGCGUAUACGUUAAUUUCGAUGAUGGCCAUGAUUAUUCAAUCUAGAAAAAGAAAACGCCGUGAACCUGUAGAACCAAUUACCUAUGCUCCAAUUGAGGAGAGGGAUAGAAUGAGAAUUGAGUAUCUGAAUAAUAAGAUAUGGAAGAAUGAUGUAACUUGUGUCAAUAUGCUUAGACUUAAUAGAGCAUCUUUUUUCCGAUUUUGUAAGCUUUUUAGGGACCGGGGCCUUUUGCAAGACACCAUACAUUUGUGUGUUGAGCAGCAGGUUGCAAUGUUUUUAAACACAGUAGGUCAUAAUAUUCGAAAUAGGUUAGUUGGCACCAAUUUUGAUAGGUCCGGUGAAACUGUUAGUCGGUAUUUCAACAAAGUAAUGCACGCUAUUGGAGAGCUACGAAACGACUUCAUUACACCACCGUCGACAUCAACUCCAGCUAAAAUUGCAGGAAACCCAAGAUGGGAUCCUUACUUUAAGAUCCCUGUUUCUUAAAGUCCCAAUGUCUACUAUCUCUGAUCAGAAGAAACGCACCUUAGAAGCCCUGCAGCAACAGUAUACUGCUGCAAAAGCUAAGAAAUUGCAAGAUGAACAGCUUAAGAGCCAUAAGAAGAACAAAGUAGAUGCCCCUAAGCCUAAAUUUGAUAUGCUAAGGAAAGGCAAAGCUCCAGAACUCACACCUCGUCAAACAUCUGCUCAGCCCUCUUCUCAUAAAGGUGUAGCAUUUUCCGGUUCUAAUUGUCAACAAAAACCUUCCGCGUCCUCAGGUGAAGAAAUUAACCCUGUGUAUGCUGAACUUUCAUGUUCCCUUCGUGAAAAUUUGUUCCAGGAUGGCAUUUCGGAUUUUGAUAACACAGAGGUUGUUCAGAGUGUUAUAUUUGACAUAAUUCAGAAAGGUGGAGAUUCCGGGAAAAUUACCAAGGGAGCCAAAAAGUUGAAGCUGGAAAAGGGGAUCCUAUUAGAUAACUAUGUUCAGAGGGGUCCUAGACUAGUGGACGCCCAAGCAAGAUCUUUGUUGAUUCACUCAAAGCGAUCGAAACAUCACAUGUCUCUGAAGCAACAUAAGAAAUGCGGUUCAUUUGAUUUAGAUGGUGCAUUCCACAAGUAUGACCUCUAUAAGCCAAUGCAUGAGAUGUGGAAGGCGUAUAUCAGAGAGCUUACAAAAAUAACCCCGAAAAAGCAAUUGUCCGAAAACCUCCUUUCUGCAGAUCUUCACGGGGCUCUUCUUAUAGUGGCAGAAUGCAAAGCUGCUUCAUAUCAAGGUGUAAGUGGCAUUAUGAUCCGGGAUACUGCAGAGACUUUUGGAAUUAUAUCAGAGGACAAUCGCUUCCGAGUCGUACCAAAAGCUGGUUCGGUUUUCAUCCUCCAAGCGUACUGCUGGAAGGUCACACUGAUCGGCGACAAGCUAUCGCCCAAUGAAAAGUUGAAGGAGGACCAGCGUCAGCAGCGCGCACAAUCACAGAUCAGAUAGCUUCCAAUCUAGUUAUUGUUCCAGAAUUUUUUUUUUGCCUCACGGAGGAACAUGCACAGUUAUCUCCUGUUGUCCUGUCACGCCAAUGGCGCUGCGAUCUUAGGUGGAACAAGUACUGUAGCAGUUACGCUUUGCUUUCGGUUCUGAUACGAUUCAUCGAGUUACAAGAGCUAGGUGGUGGCAAAUAAUUAAUUGUUUCCGCCACAAUGAUUGCAUGAUAAAAUAUGAGCAUAUGGCCUGGGUAAA